ACACUUCCGCAUCCUCAUCCGCUCUGAGCAUUGGUUGAUCCGCGAAGGGAAGAACACAGCAUGGGCCCUGGGACGGCGUCGGCGUCCUGGGGUUUGCGUCUCGGCGUGGUGCUGCUCCUCCUUCUAGCCACCCCCUCUCAGGCCCUGACGCACGAGGGCUGGCUUCUCCUGGCGCUCAAGAGCCAGAUGGUCGACACCUUCCACCACCUCGCCAACUGGAACCACGGCGACCCAUCGCCAUGCGCCUGGAAGGGCGUGGACUGCUCAUCGACGCCCGUUCCAUCGGUGGUCUCCCUCAACCUCAGCAACAUGAACCUCUCCGGCACCGUCGGGCCGGCCAUCGGCGGCCUAACCGAGCUCACCACCCUCGACCUGUCCUUCAACGUGUUCUCCGGCACCAUCCCCGCGGAGAUCAGCAACUGCUCCAAACUCACGGAGCUCAACCUGAACAACAACGACUUCGAAGGCACCAUCCCUGCCGAGCUCGGGAAGCUGUCCCUGCUAACCGCGUGCAACCUCUGCAACAACAAGCUCCACGGCGCGAUACCCGACGAGAUCGGCGACAUGGCGUCGCUGAGGGACCUGGUAGGGUACAGCAACAACCUCUCCGGCUCCAUCCCACGCUCCAUCGGCAGGCUCACGAACCUCAGGACUAUCCGGCUGGGGCAGAACCUCAUAUCUGGCACCAUUCCCGCCGAGAUAGGCGAAUGCCGCAACCUGACCGUGUUCGGUCUUGCGCAGAACAAGCUGGAAGGGCCUCUGCCCAAGGAGAUUGGGCAACUGAGCCUCAUGACAGACCUUGUCCUGUGGGGAAACCAGCUUUCCGGCGCCAUUCCUCCGGAGAUCGGGAACUGCACGAGUCUCACGGUGAUCGCCCUCUAUGAUAAUGAUCUGGUUGGUCCUGUGCCUGCGACCAUCGGGAACCUCAAGUAUCUGCAGAGGCUGUACCUGUACAGGAACUCCUUGAAUGGCACCAUUCCACCUGAGAUUGGCAAGCUUUCUCUUGCAGAGGAGAUCGAUUUUUCGGAGAAUUUCUUGACUGGAGGUAUACCAAAGGAGUUAGGCAACAUACCAGGGCUGUUUCUGCUGUACCUCUUCCAGAACCAGCUUACUGGCUUUAUUCCAACGGAGCUGUCUGGAUUGAAGAACCUGAGCAAGCUUGAUCUGUCAAUCAAUUCACUCACUGGCCCCAUCCCAGCGGGAUUUCAGUACAUGCCUAAGCUAUACCAGCUGCAGCUCUUCAACAAUAUGCUGUCUGGCGACAUACCUCCACGGUUUGGUAUCUACAGCCGGCUCUGGGUAGUGGAUUUCUCGAAUAACAACAUUACUGGGCAGAUACCUCGAGAUCUUUGCAGGCAGUCAAACCUUAUUUUGUUGAAUCUGGGGUCUAAUAGGCUGUCUGGCAACAUACCUCAUAGGAUCACCAGCUGUAAAUCCUUGGUGCAGCUCCGCCUCAGCGACAACAGCCUGACAGGAAGCUUCUCCACUGAUCUGUGCAGUCUGGCGAAUUUGACAACGAUUGAGCUGGCUCGAAACAAGUUUAAUGGCCCUAUUCCUCCUCAGAUAGGGAACUGCAGGGCUCUGCAAAGGCUUGACCUUGCAAAUAACUAUUUCACAUCCGAGCUGCCCCAAGAAAUAGGCAAAUUGUCGAAGCUUGUUGUCUUCAAUAUCUCAUCCAAUAGACUUGGAGGAAGCAUACCGCUGGAGAUUUUCAACUGUACAACGUUGCAACGUCUUGACCUCAGCCAGAACAGCUUUGAUGGUUCGUUACCAAAUGAAGUUGGUAGACUGCCUCAGCUGGAGCUUCUCUCGUUCGCCGAUAAUAAGUUAUCUGGUCAGAUACCACCUAUUCUUAGUAAACUGUCACAUUUGACAGCACUGCAGAUUGGUGGCAAUCAAUUCUCUGGUGGAAUACCCAAGGAGCUGGGUCUUCUCUCAAGCUUGCAGAUUGCCAUGAAUUUGAGCUACAACAAUCUCUCUGGCAACAUACCAUCAGAGCUUGGCAGCCUUGCAUUACUGGAAAAUUUGUUCCUCAAUAAUAAUAAGCUGACAGGUGAAAUCCCGGAUACAUUUGUAAAUCUGUCAAGUUUGCUUGAGCUCAAUGUUUCCUACAAUAAUCUCACUGGUCCUCUCCCUCCCGUGCCACUUUUUGACAACAUGGUUGUGACCAGCUUUAUUGGAAACAAGGGACUCUGUGGUGGACAGCUUGGGAAGUGUGGAUCUGAAUCAUCCUCUUCUUCCCCGUCAUCCAACUCAGUCAGUCGCCCUAUGGGCAAGAUCAUAGCAAUUGUUGCUGCCAUUAUUGGAGGAAUUUCACUUAUUCUUAUUGCAAUACUUCUGCACCACAUGAGAAAACCACUAGAGACAGUAGCUCCUUUGCAGGACAAGCAAAUUCUAUCUGCUGGGUCUAACAUUCCUGUUUCGGCGAAGGAUGCGUAUACAUUUCAGGAAUUGGUCUCUGCUACAAAUAAUUUUGAUGAUAGUUGUGUGAUUGGACGUGGUGCUUGUGGAACUGUGUACAAAGCCGUCCUGAAGCCUGGACAGAUAAUUGCGGUCAAGAAGUUGGCUUCUAAUAGGGAAGGAAGCAACACAGACAACAGCUUCCGUGCAGAGAUUCUGACCCUUGGAAAGAUACGGCAUCGUAACAUCGUGAAGCUGUACGGUUUCAUCUAUCACCAGGGUGCAAACCUUCUGUUGUACGAGUACAUGCCAAGAGGCAGCCUUGGAGAGCUACUUCAUGGGCCGUCUUCUUCUUCGCUCGACUGGGAGACGCGCUUCAUGAUAGCCCUUGGCGCAGCUGAAGGUCUUUCGUACUUGCAUCAUGAUUGCAAGCCUCGGAUCAUCCACCGUGAUAUUAAGUCGAAUAACAUUUUACUUGAUGAGAACUUUGAAGCUCAUGUUGGUGACUUUGGGUUGGCCAAGGUGAUUGACAUGCCAUACUCAAAGUCGAUGUCUGCGAUUGCUGGUUCAUAUGGCUAUAUUGCACCAGAAUAUGCAUACACCAUGAAGGUCACCGAGAAAUGUGAUAUAUACAGUUACGGUGUUGUGCUGUUGGAGCUGCUAACCGGCCGUGCACCUGUGCAGCCAAUAGAAUUGGGAGGUGAUCUGGUAACAUGGGCAAAGAAUUACAUCAGGGACAAUUCUCUGGGUCCAGGGAUCCUUGAUAGCAAUCUGGAUCUGGAAGACAAGGCCGCAGUCGAUCACAUGAUCGAGGUCUUAAAAAUCGCUUUGCUGUGCAGUAACCUGUCGCCGUACGAGAGACCGCCGAUGCGGCAUGUUGUAGUUAUGCUAAGCGAGUCUAAAGAUAGGGCCCGGGCGAGCUCUGCAUCCUCCUCGCCUGCUUCUGAUCGUUCUUCGAAGAAGGAUAGCUCAUGAUGUAUGUAUAAUAAGGUUCAGUUAGCGAAGAGCUCCCCUUUCCUUGUAACUUAUGGUAGUAGGAGUUUUGGGAGCCUGCACCUCAUUCUUUCUGCCAUUAUUUUC